AUGAGAUGCGGCUCGUACGCGGCGUUCCGCUCCUCGGGAAGCGCGCUUCGGCGACCGAAAUCGGACUACGGCAUAUCCCUGGAGGCCAGGGAUCGUAGCAACGGAAAGGUCCCCCGUAAGAGCACGAGCGCAAGCUCGUGCUCUGCGGUAGAGCAAACAGGGCAGCAUCUUGGCUCCCCGCGCUGGCGUUUCGUUCGUGAGACGGCGAGUGUGACGCAGCCCACAGCGACUGUGGCGAGGAGGUCCCCUGCUUUGCUUUCCAUCCCACCCGGUCAGCGUACGUCCACGCCGCACCACGGUCAGAUGUUGCCGCGUGGUGAACAGCACGUGAGUGUCGCUGGCUCUGAUGAUUACAUGGAUGACGCUGCCUCUGCACUUCUCUCGGAACUUCAGCAGGUGGUAGUGCGUGUGUCGCAUCAGAUGGUCGAGGAGCGGCGCCGUGCUGCUCAACAGCGCAAGCAGAUCCGUGCGCUGGAGGCGAUCGUGGCGGAGCAAGACGCGAUGCUGGAUGCCCUGCGAACGCAGUGCGAUGCUGCACAGUGUGAGAAGAGCCGGCUUCUGAAAAGCUACCAGCAGGAGUUACGCUGGCGGGGUGCCGACCCUGUUCAGGCGGCUCGACGUAGUCGUGACAUUUGCGGCACAUCGGGCACGCACGUUUCAGCGGCACAAGUGGAUAACGUAGUCCAGGCUGAGUUCCGCCGCCUCUCUACCAUUUAUGAGUCAUGCCCUUUUAGCGGGUUCGACGAUGUAAGCCCUGUUGUCGCUGCCGUGUUGCGGUCGCUGGCGACGCAGGUACUUCAGCUGCGGGGUGCUGCGCGAAACGAUGAAGCGGAGGCAAGCGAUAUAUCAAAGGACGCGCAGCCUGCUCCGGUGCAGCCUCAUGCAACAUCUUCAUCGCUUCGUGCAAGUGCACGAGGAACUUCGACCUCUUCGCUCAUGCCAGCUUUCAACAGGAGCGCACCGACUGACGGCCACGGCAAGGCAGGUGUCGUGGACCGCGUGACGCCCUUGGCGGCGCUAGAAAAGCGGAAGAAAGCAUCCAUGUUCGCAGCUGCCACAGCGGGACCAAACCAUUCUCCCUCGGAGACAGCCGGUCGCACAAAUGGCGAGGAGGCUGAGUUGCACCGCGUCGAUCUGGACGCCGGGAGGAAUGGGGAUGCAGAUGCAGCAGCAUGCAUGGCGUCCGAGGCAAGCGCAUCGGUGGCGAGCUCCGUGUGCGAGGAUGCGGCCUCCAUCUUGUCUGACAUACGUGCUCGUUACGGUCUGUAA